AUGGGCGUUGAUAUAAAAGAGUUCAUUAACUCGAAAGAGUUCGAAAAGAUGCCGUUUUCGAAGCGAAAUGAAAUUGUGCUCGACUAUCUGUACAAAGAAAGCAAGAAAACGUACGACUGUGUUCUGCAUGAAAACAACACCCGUCACUGCUUUUCAUUUAAGGAUGAUGUUAUCUAUGCAAAGAAGAAGUAUAGAGACGAGGAUAUGGCCAUGAAAUACCCUCAUCAAUACAACUUGGUGAUUAACAACCCCCAUGCUUGUGAUUCGAAUCCGCAGAUUCUUAUUGGUUCUCCUGUUGGCCCUCGCCAAUUUCUGGAACGUAUGGGAACCCGUCAUUCAUGGGGCAGUGUCAGAAAUGUGAAUGGGAUAUCUGUAAAGCACUUAUUCUUCGUGGGACAGGACGAAAACGACCCGGAAGGAGACAAAAUGCUUCGCGAAGAGAGCGAGUACUACCACGAUAUCGUUCAGUUCGACAUGAAGAACCAUUUCAUGAACCUCACCUUGCUGGCGAUUCUGACGUACAACUGGACGGACUACUACUGUCCGAACAUCAAAUACUACGUUCGUUCGGACAACGACAUGUGGUUCAAUCCGUACCAGAUGAUCAGCAACUUCCUCACGAAGGAGCGAACCAAUGCGUUAAUGGGCAAUAAAAUCGUCGGGGGAAAGCCGAUCCGCGUCUCUGUAAGUCGAUACUAUCUCUCCAAAGCUGUGUUUCCGGACGAGGUGUUCUCCCCAUACAUGUCUGGGUGCUUUUUAGCGAUGUCGCGCGAUGUGCUGCCGAUCAUCGUAAAGCGCUGCGUGGAUAUCGGACCGAUCAUCUACUUCGAUGACGUGUUUUUAGGGCAGAUCGCGAAGAUCGCGAAUAUUUCGCUCGUGUCUUUUCCGUGGAAUAAAGUUUACUACUACCCCAAAGCGUACGGUGGGAAAGAGUAUUCGAAGCUGUGGGCGAUCCAUCGGUACACCGCUGUGGAUAAUAUGGCGCUCUGGCAAAUGGCCAAUCUGUAA